AUGGAGUAUUUCGAUUUUGAAGGGGCCUCGUCAGCCCAUGGUUCCAACCAGCAAGACGACGAUGUCGCCUCGGUUGAUCUUGAAUAUGAUUCCGCUGAGGAACGGGCGGCCAACUUUGACUCGUUGCUCCAAGACCAGCCAUUGGAAUUUCCCAACGAUUUGCCGGUGCCGGUGCCGGUGCAGGCGGAGCAGUUGAAAGAGAAUCUCCCGCCUGACCAAGAUAACGGGGUCUAUCCCAUGUUCCGGGCCCAAGAGCCCUGUGAAUUUUGUCGUCGUAUGGGCCUGGACUGCUUCGUGGCCAAGCGCGGAGUGAUGCAGAAUGGCUGCACUUGCUGCAUCUCUCUCUACCGCGAAUGCAGUUUCACACAUGCCAAAGUCCCGGGCAAAUUUCUCCAGACUCUACAUACAGUGUCUGAGAACACUUACAUUCCCACCGGGAGUCUGACGGGGAAGAGAGUCCUCAAGUCUGUUUCUUAUGGCACUUUUGCAGAUGAUUCUGAUCGCUCCCGUAAGAGCAAUGCUCGGCUGUCGCGCAAUGCUGUCAAUCUCUUGAAGGGCUGGCUCCGAGAUCACAACGAGAACCCAUAUCCCACAGAGGAGGAAAAAGACCAGUUGAAGCAACACACAGGCUUGACCAGAACUCAGAUUUCCAACUGGCUCGCAAACGCCCGAAGGCGCGGCAAAUUUCGCCUGGGCACCAGUGCUCCCGUUCCAGGAGCCGUGAACAUCCCCGGCCAGCAGCCCGCAGACGUGUCGCUCAUGACACCUUUGGAACGUUGGAAGUACUCACCCCCUGAGAACGAACCGGCCACGAUCAGCGAUAUCAACCGCGCUCUAGCCAACCCACCCUUCGAUCCCUCCCGUCAGCGCCCUGGUCACGUGAGGCGUCCGCCGGGGUCCAGCAACAAUGAGUCAAGCCAUGCCAGUUCCGAACAUAAAUUGCAUACUCCCUCGGCCAGUAGUGUGGAGACCAGUCAUUCUUCACUCUCUGACCUUUCCUUUGCUUCGGCCUUUUCUCAUCGUUCCUCCUUGGGGUCCUUUAGCUCAAUGGACCGCAAAGAACGUCGUCGUCGCCGUAAGGCUUCGGCGCCUGUCAAUACAUUUAAUCAUCAGAAGGCUCGGGCUGUUCGUCCCUACCAAUGCACCUUUUGCACCGACUCCUUCCCGGCCAAGUACGAUUGGCAACGCCAUGAAAAAUCUAUGCACCUCAUCCUGGAUAAGUGGAGUUGCUCUCCUCAAGGAGGCGUGUUUGAAGACCACGGCACACCUCGUUGUGUCUUCUGCUUGGCAGCUAACCCAGAUGGUGAACACCUAGAAACGCACAAUUACAUGAGCUGCCAAGAGAAGACGCUGCAAGAGAGGACCUUCUACCGCAAGGACCACCUCAAUCAACAUCUCCGACUGAUGCACAAUGUCAAGUUUCAACCUUGCAUGGAGAAAUGGCAAAGUAGUAUCACGCAAAUUAAAUCUCGCUGUGGAUUCUGUGGUGCCGUCUUUGAAACCUGGAAAGAGCGAGUAGACCACCUCGCCGGCCAUUUCAAGAACGGGGCCUUUAUGGCUCAAUGGCAGGGCGAUUGGGGCUUUGAGCCUUCGAUUCAGAAUCGUGUGGAGAAUGCCAUCCCACCGUACCUGAUUGACUAUGAAUGGCGAUCCCCCGAUCCCUGGACUACUGCACAGGCUGAAGGAGAUGGCACCUCGCCCCAGCUGAACGUUCCCAACGACGCAAACUGCUAUCUUCGUCUGUCACGCGAACUCACCGCUUACAUCCACCACAACAAGUCUCAAGGGAUCAUCCCAACAGAUCAGAUGCUCCAGGCAGAAUCUCGUCGAGUCAUCUAUGGAUGUGAUGAUCCUUGGAAUCAAACCUGUGCCGACAAUCCCAUGUGGCUGAGUGUUUUGAAGCGGGAUACUGGAUUGGAGAGUGCCGUCCCAAACGACAGCAUCCACUUUGCGGAUCUGAACAUGCAGCCCCCCUUUGCCAUUCAAGGUGGCUUGCGGGCGCCUCCCCGAGACAGCAAUCUUUUGACUCGGAACACCGGCGUCCUUCAUAGCCCCGUCUCUAGCCCUAGCCUCCAAAGUCCUGCCUACCCCGCAACAGGUUUUUCGUCUGCCGUGACUAGUGGGCCUGGAAGUCUAUCUGGCAGUUAUGCUGGGAGUACAGGGGUGAUCUCAGCUGGUGCCGAGCCCGCCUUUCCAGCUGAUUGGGGUAAUAGCCUCGCGGCGCCUCAGUCAUCCUCUGCGCCCGCGGAAGCUGACCCGUUGGUGCAAAUGGGAUUUGAUCCGGUGUUUCUGCAACAACUAAACGACAGCUACAGUGAAAUCAACGCUGAUGAUAUGGAGGGUUUACAAUUAGAGGGCGAGGGCUCUAAGAAUGUUGGGGAACAGGGAUGGUCGCACGUCCAGCCCCCGCCGGGUGUGCCUGUUUCCCCCGUUCCCAUCGCCCAUUCCAAAGCCGACGGCUCUCCUGCGUCCGACACCCAACGUGGCAUGUCUGCAGUUCUUGAUGGGCCUUUUUGA